AUGAAGACUUUGGCCAUCGCUGUCGCCCUCGUGGCGUUUGUAGGAGUCAGUGUGAGCGGAGAUCCUGAAGCUGAUGCUGAGCCCAGCCGAUAUGGAGGCGGCUUUGGAGGCUAUGGGGUGGUGUCCUACAGACCCGUGUACAAUAGCUACGGCUACGGACGCUGGAAGAGGAGUGCUGAGCCUGUAGCUGAGGCUGAGGCUGCCCGAGGCCGAUCCUUCCCGCUUCGGAUACGGGCAUGGCGCUUUAGUCACGUGUCCUUCCAACCCGUAUACAGCAGCUAUGGCUACGGACGCUGGAAGAGGAGUGCUGAGGCUGAGCCUGUAGCUGAGGCUGAGGCUGAUCCCGAGGCCGAUCCUUCCCGCUUCGGAUACGGGCAUGGCGGCUUUAGUCACGUGUCCUUCCAACCCGUAUACAGCAGCUAUGGCUACGGACGCUGGAAGAGGAGUGCUGAGGCUGAGCCCGGAUUCAGCUUCGGUCACGGCUUCGGAGGUCACGGCCGCUUCGGAGGCUACAGGGGCUAUGGAGGCCACGGCGGAAGCUUUGGUGGACAUGGGCGUUUCUACGGCUGUAGAAAUAACCCGGCAGUGGGCGUGGCUUCGUCUCGGCCACUAUAUAAGGAGACGCCGCCGAGUCAUCGGCAGAGCCGCCGGAGAUUCCCUGUGGAUAUGAAGACUUUGGAGUCAGUGUGCGGAGAUCCUGAAGCUGAUGCUGAGCCCAGCCGCUAUGGAGGCGGCUUUGGAGGCCAUGGGGUAGUGUCCUACAGACCCGUGUACAAUAGCUACGGCUACGGACGCUGGAAGAGGAGUGCUGAGCCUGUAGCUGAGGCUGAGGCUGAUCCCGAAGCCGAUCCUUCCCGCUUCGGAUACGGGUAUGGUGGCUUUAGUCACGUGUCCUUCAGGCCCGUGUUCAGCAGCUACGGCUACGGACGCUGGAGAGGAGUGCUGAACCUCAGCUAUGGCUACGGACGCUGGAAGAGGAGUGCUGAGCCUGUAGCUGAGGCUGAUCCCGAGGCCGAUCCUUCCCGCUUCGGAUACGGGCAUGGCGGCUUUAGUCACGUGUCCUUCCAACCCGUAUACAGCAGCUAUGGCUACGGACGCUGGAAGAGGAGUGCUGAGGCUGAGCCCGGAUUCAGCUUCGGUCACGGCUUCGGAGGUCACGGCCGCUUCGGAGGCUACAGGGGCUAUGGAGGCCACGGCGGAAGCUUUGGAGACGCCGCCGAGUCAUCGGCGCCUGUGGACAUGAAGACUUUGGCCAUCGCUGUCGCCCUCGUGGCGUUUGUAGGAGUCAGUGUGAGCGGAGAUCCUGAAGCUGAUGCUGAGCCCAGCCGAUAUGGAGGCGGCUUUGGAGGCUAUGGGGUGGUGUCCUACAGACCCGUGUACAAUAGCUAUGGCUACGGACGCUGGAAGAGGAGUGCUGAGCCUGUAGCUGAGGCUGAGGCUGAGCCCGAGGCCGAUCCUUCCCGCUUCGGAUACGGGUAUGGCGGCUUUAGUCACGUGUCCUUCAGGCCCGUGUACAGCAGCUAUGGCUACGGACGCUGGAAGAGGAGUGCUGAGCCUGUAGCUGAGGCUGAGGCUGAGCCCGAGGCCGAUCCUUCCCGCUUCGGAUACGGGUAUGGCGGCUUUAGUCACGUGUCCUUCCAACCCGUAUACAGCAGCUAUGGCUACGGACGCUGGAAGAGGAGUGCUGAGGCUGAGCCUGUAGCUGAGGCUGAUCCCGAGGCCGAUCCUUCCCGCUUCGGAUACGGGCAUGGCGGCUUUAGUCACGUGUCCUUCCAACCCGUAUACAGCAGCUAUGGCUACGGACGCUGGAAGAGGAGUGCUGAGGCUGAGCCCGGAUUCAGCUUCGGUCACGGCUUCGGAGGUCACGGCCGCUUCGGAGGCUACAGGGGCUAUGGAGGCCACGGCGGAAGCUUUGGUGGACAUGGGCGUUUCUACGGCUGAAGGGUUCAUUUUUCCCAAGAUCAAUAAAGCUGAGCAAUUCUA